AUGAAGCUGGCCUGCGCCCUAACAGCCUUUCUACUCCCGCUUGCAUCUAUUGUAUUAGCAGCGGAUGUCGAUGCAUGGAAAUCUCGCAACAUUUACUUUGCUUUGACAGAUCGCAUUGCCCGCAGUAGUGAUGAUACAGGUGGAAGUGCUUGCGGUGACCUCGGUGACUACUGCGGCGGAACUUUCCAAGGCUUGCAGUCCAAGCUUGACUACAUUCAGGGGAUGGGCUUUGAUGCCAUCUGGAUCACCCCUGUUGUAGCUAAUAUUCCGGGUGGUUACCAUGGUUAUUGGGCACAAGAUCUUUAUAGCAUCAACUCAAACUAUGGCACCGCUGAUGAUCUCAAAAGCUUGGUCAGCGCUGCUCAUAAAAAGGGGAUAUAUAUUAUGGCGGACGUGGUUGUCAACCACAUGGGAAGCCCCACUAGCGAUAAUAAACCAGAGCCAUUGAACCAGGACAGUUCUUACCAUUCAGAUUGCACGAUUGACUACUCGGAUCAGAAUAGUGUUGAAAAUUGUCGUAUCGCGGAUAACUUACCUGAUGUCAACACACAAAGUUCAGAGAUUCGGACCCUCUUCCAGACUUGGAUCAGCUGGCUGGUCAAGGAAUAUCAGUUUGAUGGCCUUCGUAUUGACACCGUCAAGCACGUUGAAAAGGAGUUCUGGCCAGACUUCAGCUCUGCUGCCGGAGUUUACACCAUCGGCGAAGUCUGGGAUGGUGACCCAAACUACCUUGCUGGAUACUCAAGCGCACUGGAUGCCGUGCUCAACUACGCAAUUUUCUAUCCUGUGAACAACUUUUACCAGCAGAAAGGUUCCUCUCAAGACAUAGUUGACAUGCACGACCAAAUCAGUUCCCUUUUCCCUAAUCCAAGUGCCCUGGGCACAUUCCUGGAUAAUCACGACAAUGCCCGUUGGCUAAGCCAAAAGAACGACGAAUCUUUACUAAAAAAUGCACUAGCUUAUGUGAUUCUCGCCCGGGGAAUUCCCAUUGUGUACUACGGUACAGAACAGAGCUACGCUGGCGGUAAUGACCCGGCAAACCGCGAGGACCUAUGGCGUAGCAACUUCAACACCGACUCUAGCAUGUACAAAGCCAUAUCCCUGCUCUCAGCAGCAAGGGCAGAUGCUGGCGGGCUCGCUGAUGACGACCAUGUCCAUCUGUAUAUUGCGGACUCGGCAUAUGCGUGGAGCAGGGCAGACGGAAAACUCAUCGUUCUCACGUCCAACAGUGGAUCUGGGUCUGAUUCUACGCACUGCUUCGACUCAAAGAACCCUGGUGGGUCAUGGGACAAUACUUUUGGAUCGGGAACAUAUACCGCUGAUGAGAGCGGGCAGCUCUGCAUCCCGAUUUCGAAUGGAGAACCCGUGGUGCUAGUUGCCAAGUCCUAA